CACAGGUAUGUAUGUGCGGAACGCUCGGCUAGGACAGCAUCGCUGGGGAGGCGCGAGCGGGGCAACCGCUGGAGGACAGGAAGGAGGUUAUGAUUCUUGGAGCUCCGGCGCCAAGGCACUUCGUUUUAACGAUAGGAUUGCCCCUUCGCGAUUGCUAUGCACAUCUCCGCCAAACGCUCAAAAUCUCCGCGUUCGCAUUCCCACCGCACCUCACUAAUCCUCAAUACCCAUCUCGUAUUUCCUUCACAGCUCGGACUCCCUCCCACCGUCCGUCUACAACCCAUUCCGUCUAACCCAACAAAGCAACGAACUCCCCGAUUUACCCACUCAGUAACGCAAAAACAAGAUGGGUCUCUCCUUCUCGAAACUCUUUGCGGGCCUAUGGGGCCACAAAGAGAUGCGGAUCUUGAUGGUGGGUCUUGAUGCCGCUGGUAAGACCACUAUCUUGUACAAGCUGAAGCUCGGUGAGAUUGUUACGACGAUUCCUACUAUUGGUUUCAACGUGGAAACGGUCGAGUAUAAGAACAUCAGCUUUACCGUGUGGGAUGUCGGAGGUCAAGACAAGAUCCGUCCUCUGUGGAGACACUACUUCCAAAACACCCAAGGUAUCAUCUUCGUCGUUGACUCCAACGACCGCGACCGUGUCGGCGAAGCGCGCGACGAGCUCCAACGAAUGCUCAACGAAGACGAGCUCCGCGACGCCGUCCUGCUUGUAUUCGCCAACAAGCAGGAUCUGCCCAACGCCAUGACCGCGCCCGAAAUUACCGACAAACUCGGCCUCAACGCCCUCAGGCAACGCCAGUGGUAUAUCCAGGCGACCUGCGCGACGACUGGGGAUGGGCUUUAUGAGGGGUUGGAGUGGUUGAGCAAUAUGUUGAAGAAAAGGGGUUAAAUGGGGAAAUUGCAGAUUUGAUGUACAACGGAAAUGGUGGAAAUGUUUGAGAUGGGGAGUCCGUGAUGUGUGAAGAUGUGGAGGAAACUCUCUGUUUCCCACCCUUGUUUAUCAUCGUGGUACCCCCCCUCCAUUCACAAAGAAAAAGCAAAAAAGACAUCUUUUUAAACCGAAACUCUCCGUGGCGUGUCUCUCCGUUCACCUCCUCUUUUUUUAAGAGCGAUGCACCUCGUCACCGUCUCUUGUCCCCCAUAUCUGUGCAGAUCCCUAAUGUACUCGAUGCUUCAAAUAGAGUUGU